AAAAGACACAUAACAAGGUUAGGAACAAAUCAACAAUACAAACAUUUUCUUAAUAAAUAAUUGCAAGACAAUCCAAGAAGUAGAGAAAUAGGGGUUUACCCAACCCACAUACUCCUUCAUAUCCUUCAACCAUACCCACCAAAGUUAAUUUCUUCUAUUUUAUUUUAUAUUGUAUACAACUACAACACUAGUAGAGUACCAAAUAUUACACUUUAUUGGAGCUUUAAAAGCUUGUCUCUACCGUUACAGAAUAAGAUACCAACUGUUUUCAACACUUGAAAGAACAACAAAGUACAAAACAACAAUCAACAACUAUCAACCAUGGCCACUGCUACCAUUGUUCAUGAUGAUUGUGAAGUUGGUUUUGAAGAAGGAAUGCUUUGGUUACCCUCUUAUGUUCUGGACGAGGUAUGUAUGAAAAACCAACACCAAAAGGUUCUAACCCAACAAAAAUUGCAUCACAAAUCAUUUGGAGAAUCACAAUCACAGUACUCAAAAUCCAUGUCAGGAUCUUUGUACCAAAAGCCAAAACUUACGAACCGUGGCAUUGGAAACGGAAUGCGAGCAAUAUUUUUAGAAUCAAGUCAUGGAUCAUGCGGUACAGGCGUAUUUUUACCUCAAAGAGCAGACACGAAGUUCCAACCACGAAAAAAGCCAGCUUGUGCACCUGUCCUCCUUCCCGCCCGAGUUGUUCAAGCUCUAAAUAUUAAUGUGCAUGCAUUGGGUGUGCAGAUAUCACCCCAGCAAGUUCAAAAAUACAAACCAAGACGUGGUGAAGGGCACACUAGUAAGUCAACAGAAAAGAAAAAUGAUCAGAAAGAUGGUUCUAAGCAAUGUAGUUUUAUAUCUCAGAAGCAAUGUUCUCAAAGGAUAUUUCUUCCAAAGGAAUGGACUUACUAGCUAUCUCUUCAUUUGGGAAUAAGAGAACAAUUAUAUUUGAGAGGGACAUAAAUAAAACAACUAUUUCUGA